AUGGCAUCAUCGGCAUUGUUCACGGCCUCAAGGCGACAGACACUAACCUAUCUAUUGGCAGUGUGUCCCUUCUCUAUCGCGUUCCUAGUAUUCAUCAAUUCUUCGGUCUCCUUCGUGGUCACCGAUCUUAUCGGGCUGACUGAUGGCGAGGGCGAUGCCGUCGGCACGCUAGGGUUCGCGGAUGAGUUGCUAGCAUUAGCAGCGUGUCCGCUAUGGGGUGUUCUUUCGGAUCGUAUAGGCGUGCGAAUUGUAUGUACUCUUGGUUAUGCGGUGAUUGCGGUGGCGUUGGUUGUCUUUGUGCAGUCUACGAAUGUAUACCCGCAGCUUCUUUUCGGCCGGCUCCUUUUCAGUGUUGGUGGGUCGGCUGUCUCGACUAUGGUUACCGCAGUCUUGCCAACAGUGACGGGCAAGGCGUUCAAAAGGGAGGCGUAUCGAGCUUCUGUUUCUUCGGAGCUCAUCAUUACUCCAGAUCGACAUAUAGCAAGCCAGGGAGAUUCCAAUCCCGAGGCAUCGCCAUCUGCUCGGCUCUCUGGGUUCGUUGGGCUGUUCGCUGGUUGCGGCGCGCUGGUCUCGCUGGGCGUGUUUCUUCCUCUGCCAGCCCGGUUCGAAAAAAUGGGUCUCUCGCCUGCUGAAGCUCUGCAGCGCAGCUACUACCUGGUAGCUGUGGUGGCUGUCAUCAUUAGCUUGGUCAGCUUUAUCGGUCUUCGUGAUCUUCCUGGGGAGGAAGAGAAAGGAUGGAGUGCAUUGUGGAAGACAGAUUCUUCUUAUGAAUCGGAUGAACAAAAUGGAGAGGAAGUUCAUCCAGCCAACCUGCCAUACUGGAAACAGUUGACCACCGCGAUGCUUUUGGGGUUCCGCAAUCGCAGCAUCGGGCUGGGGUAUGUCGGAGGAUUCGUUGCUCGGGCAUCCUCGGUCGGCAUCUCACUGUUCAUUCCUCUGGCCGUCAACCAUUACUACCGCGGGUCGGGUCUAUGCCAUGAGAACCAUGACCCGGUGCCAGGCUCCGGUCUCGGCGACAUCAAGAAAGCAUGUCCGCGCGCGUACAUUGUGGCAUCGAUUCUGACCGGGGUAUCUCAACUGGUUGCGCUCAUUGCGGCGCCAGCGUUUGGCUACCUCACCGACAAGUCCCGCCGAUACAAUUUCCCCCUUCUCUUCGCUGCUCUCGUUGGAGUCGUGGGAUACUUGGCAUUUGCACUAAUGCCCAGCCCUCAAUUCCAAGGCCCCGACGGUAGCGCCGGCGUGUUUGUGAUUAUGGGACUGGUCGGUAUCAGCCAAAUUGGUGCGAUAGUCUGCAGCUUGGCAGUGCUCAGCAAGGGCAUCCUGCGAGUGAGCAUCGACGACGACGUGCUACGCAAGAUCACCGAUCAAAGCGAGGAGAGCAGUGGGGACGACGAGGACCGCCCGCUCUUAGCGGGGUCAGUCAACCGACAGCUGCAGCACCUAGCACACCUGAAGGGAUCCAUCGCCGGAGUGUACUCGCUCUACGGUGGUGCGGGCAUCCUUUUGCUCACCAAAGUAGGCGGACUUUUGUUCGACGUCUUGUCCUCAGGCACCCCGUUCUACAUCAUGGCGGGAUUUAACGGAAUCCUCUUGGCGACGGGUGUCGUGUGUGGAGUUCUGAAUCAUGUGGCUCGGGUCACCGUGUAA